UAACGUUGCGUCACAGGAGUUCGUUGCUAGGCUGCUAGCUAGUGGCCUCCUGAAAUACUCAUUUUGUGUUUUUUCUCGAAGUCGCAGCGCCAUGCAAACACCGCAGUAGUUGGAGGAUGUUAAAUGUCUACAAGGAUGCGUCGGUGAUUUUAAACAACCAGUCAGCGGCGGACUUUGUGCUCGGGUUCAACAAACGUCGGAGGGAAACUCAACGACCCACAUCUAGGCGCAAAGUCGUCGCUUGCUAACUUAGCACCCCCCCCACGUUUUCAGGCAUGUCAACAGGUUGCUGCAGGGUUUAUUGGUUACUUUACAUGAACGAUAAGGGUGUCGUUAAAUGUCAGUGUUGCAGUAGUUCGUGUUGUGUUGCUUCAUAAAGAUGAGGCAGUAGCUCGGGGCAGUGUGAUGAGGAUGGACCUGCAGAGAUCAACGACAUGAGACAGGUAAAUGUUGGCAACAAUAUGAAACAUAACUAUGAACUAGAAGGACACGAAAUGGUGGAUGUUUUCCCGUGCACACCUCCAUUCUCAUGACGCCAACAAGGAGAUAUGGGCAUCCUAAGACUGGUAGCCAGAAUCAUGGGUAGGAUCAGUACUUUCAGGUCCUAUCAGUUUGUGCUUCUCCUGGCUGCUGCGCUUGCUGUGGUGGCUUUUUACUACUUUGGCUCGGAGAGGCAGAACUUCUCCAGCACCACGAAGAGGAUCAAGCAGACCCAGGCCAGCCACAACACCAACAGAAACGAUGCCGACCUAACUGUGGACACCGCGCUCUCGCACCCAGCUGGAUCUGAGGAGCGAGGAGGGGAAGAGCUGGAUGUAGGCGGAGAGAGCGAGGGAUUGAGGUCCACCACGGGGAACGGUGAUGCCGGUGACCAUCGCUACCACGCGCUCAUGAUGUUCACCAAGGUGGACAAGAGCCGGAGCCUGCAGGACAAGUUCAGGGUGGCCAUGUUGUCUAUGGUUCAGCACGGACGCUUCCUGGAAGGAGAGGUGUUGGUCCUUCAUUUUGUGAGCGACGAGGCCAGCAAAGAACUGGGAGAGAGGAUGCUGCAGGAAUUCCUCCUUGAUGCAACGUUCAAGUACGAGGUGUCGUUCCAUGACGUGGCGGCUCUCACACAGAAGCUGUUCCCUAUCGUGGAGGCCAUGCAGAAGCACUUCAGCGCUGGCUCUGGGGCUUACUACAGCGACGCCAUCUUCUUCCUGUCUGUUGCCAUGCAUCACAUCAUGCCUGAAAGUCUGACACGCAUAGUACAGCUUGACCUGGACCUGAAAUACAGGACCAACAUCAGGGACCUUUUCCAAGAAUUUGACCGGUUUCCUCCAGGAGCCGUCAUAGGCAUCAGCAGAGAGAUGCAGCCAGUCUACAGACACACGUUCUGGCAGUAUCGUAAGGAGAACCCUCAGACCAGAGUUGGUGAACCUGCUCCUGAUGGCCUCCCAGGCUUCAACAGUGGUGUUAUGUUAUUGGACCUUGGUGCUAUGAGGGCCUCAGCUCUCUACAACCAACUGUUGGAGCCUAGCAAUGUGGCCAAACUAGCAGACCAGUAUCGCUUCAGGGGCCACCUGGGUGACCAGGACUUCUUCACCAUGAUCGGCAUGGAGCAUCCGGAGCUGUUUUAUUCCCUAGCCUGUGGCUGGAACCGGCAGCUGUGCACCUGGUGGAGGGACCACGGAUACGGAGAAGUGUUUCAGUUGUAUUAUCGAUGUGGUGGACCCAUCUAUAUCUACCAUGGGAACUGUAACUCCCCUAUACCCGAUGACUGAUGUAUUUGCUGGACCGAUGCUGGAACUAAAAAGGAGUCUAUGACAUCUACAAUGCAGUUAAAGAGAAUUUGUCCUGCUUUGUCGGAGGGAGGAUUGUGACUUUCUUUCUUGACCACUAUACCGACCAUGUAGUCAGAGACUCUGCCCCCUGCUGGUCAAGGGGCUGCUGAAGGGACCAGCUAUACAAAGUUCCUACAAAUGUGGUGCUCAUCUGUGUCAUUAUAGGCGUGUUUCUUCAGGUACUGAGAUGAUUAAAAGAAGAAAUAUGAUCUCUGAAAUUCAGUGUGAGUGACAGAUCCAUCAAUUUGAAUACCUUACAGUAGAAAUAUCCUGUGCACGUUACUAAGUGAUCUACCAGGAACCUGUAUUCGAUUGGCCAUCCCUGCUGGAUGAUGCAUUGUGUUGCAGGAAAAGUUCAACUUUUUUGCAGGUGCCCUCUGCGUCUUGAGGGGGCUAAUGUCAGUAUGAAUUUAUCCUAAUGCACACCCUCAAGGUCAGUGUCAAGUAAUUUGUCUUUUUAAAUUUGUUUUGAGGAAAAUCCAAAAGACCACUAUCCCUUACACAAAGCGGUGCAAGGAAACCAUGUCGUUAACAAAUGUUACUGCAAUAACCUUAGGGUCAGCAAACGUGUUAAGUAGCAUCUAUAAACAAGGAGUCUCGUACCUUUUUCCACUUCCCUCGUUCUGCUCAGUCUGUGUCCAGCACCUCAAGCUUUACAUCAAGUUCACCUAGCGUCACCUUAUCUUCCUACAACACCUCACCGGGUGAGAGCCAAUCUGGUGCUGUUCACCUCUGUGGCUUGUAGAAGAUCGAACCGGGUUUCUUUGUUGGGCCCCCUCUUUCCGGAGCCACGUGGGUGCAGGGCACAACACACUGCCACAGUUCCUUUCAAAUACAUCUUUCUGCAGAUAGGAAGACAGGGGGAGGGGGAAUCACAUCAGAGGGUGGAAGAGGCGUCGAAGAGAUAGCGGUUAACAAUGAUGGCACUGAUGGCUGUUGUUCGUGCCCUGCAUCUGCAGUUUAGCUGAGGCCAAACACACGUUUCAGAAGGAGUGAAGUACCCGGGAACGUGACUGCAGACACUGACCCACUUUUGAGUUUUCUCGCUGUGCUCACCGAACUGAGACUCGGAUUAAAAGAAAUGUCAGCACUCAAUAUUCAUCAGACAGGAAUCUGUUUGAGGUGAUGCACACUUUAACACACACACACGCAGUGAGAGUGAGGCAGCUGAAUGCCCUGGACCAUCAAUGGAGUCAAUGGAAAGGCUACUGAAGACACUUGAGAAUUAACAUUAUUCCAAAUCGAUACACUUCCCUUGAACUCUCCCUGAAGCUGAUCAAUAUUUUACCAGCCUCUUUCAGAGCACAACUUUUUAUUCUCUAUAGCUCUGAUUGCACUUUACAACUUAACUAAAACAAAUGCUUCAUCAUCAAGGAUUUUGUUGACCGGACAUUGGUUUGAUUUAUUUUACUGAAUUAAUUAUUAUUUGAUCUUUUAAAGAGCAUACCAAUGGUUUUGUACACUUUGGCCCCUUAAAUAUAAAUUUAUAUCUGUAGUUUUUGAUUGAUUUACUAAUCUUUAGGCUGCAAUAUAUUCCCAUUUCUUUCAAUGGAUUAUGAAAACUCCAGAGACUAUAAAUUGCUUGAGAUUGGUAAUUCAUCACAGUGAUAACUUCUUUGUUUUUUGUUUUUUGUCAGUACAUAAUUAUGUAACCUUGCGGUGUCAAGUGGGACUUUUAAAAAUUCUUCAUUAAAGGAUACUUCAGUGUCCCAGAUAAUUACCUGCUGAACAGAACAUUGCUUGUUAAUCAUGUUGAAAAAUCAAACCCAGAAGUAAAAACAAUAUGCAGACACGGGCACUGAGAUAAGUGAGAUAAGGAAUAAUAAACUCAAUAAUUCCUUCCAUGAAAUCUUUCUGUUAAGUUUUCUGGAAAUACCUAUGUGAUUUGUUAAUAAUAUGGAAAAUAAUAAAUAAAUAAUUGAAAGAGCUGCUCUAUUUAAAUCAAAGUAAAUAUUCAUUCAUUGUUCAUUUAGCUUUGGAAAGUUUAUUCUUUAUGUAUGUUGAAUUGUAUACUUGCCUGUAGAUAUAUUUCCCAUGUUUGCAUAUUCAGCUGUGCACUGACUAAAAGACUCUUUGGUUUAUCAGACAACAAAAAUAUAUUCCAUAUUUUCAUCUGCUGAAGCAACAUGCCAAACGCUUAGUUCGCUCCUUUUUGUUUUUAAUGUAAUAAAAUGGUGUCAAUCCUAAUGUCCUGGUGUGCGCUGGAAUGUGUCUGGUUUACUUUGGUUUGCUCUGAACUGGCUGGCACCCAGAAGAGAAGCACUGCUGUGCAUGCGGUACUUUCUACUUUUCUACACUCUGGGUUAUGCUAACAAUUAAUAAGUAUUAUUAAUUGUGUGUACCAAUUUAACACUUUCUGUAUUUUCCUUAUAAUACUAUCAAAUUACAUCCCUGUAGUUCUUUGCAAGAACCUGUUUUGAAAUGAUUAGUAAAAAUACUUACUUUACCACAAACACGCUGUGUAUAACAUGGGGUGUUGAAAAUAGCUGGAGAUUAAAGAUGGUGUAUAGUGAGAAUGAUCUGGUUUAACUUGAUAAAUGUGAUAAUGGUAGUAGCCCAACAAUGGCUGUUCUGUGUCAUUAAAUUGUGCAAUUAUAAUUUAAAGAGCUAACAGAUGUUUGCCAUUAAAUGUUUAAUAAAUGUUUCAUAUCUCACUUAGAAACCACU